AUCAUCUUCCCUUUAUUUCAUCUUCUCUUUCUGGCGCAUUGACUCUCUCAAUUCCUUGCCUUCCUUUGAAAUCGGGCCGGCUCGUGUUUUCCCUUCUUCUUACUUCUCCCUCAAUUCCCUUUUUCCAUAAAUAUUCUCCUCUUUUCCCUCUUCCGCAUUUCAUCCUCUUCCCCCUCACCAUCCCCAAUCCCUAGACGAUACCUUGCCGGCACUUGCUAGCGGCCGUUGCUCCUUAGACCACUUUCCUUGCUCUGCAUGCCUCCAAGGUCCUCUGCACCCUGCCGCUUGUGGAACCCUGGACAUCCUCGAUCUUUAUCAACCCCAACGUAUCGUUCGUUUUCCCGAUCAGGCACCUUUGCUGCGGCGGUAGCCCCUCAUUCCUACCCCUCGCCACGCUUGUUCUCGCAUCGCUGGACUCGGUCUUUUGCCUCCGGUGGACAGACUCAUCACCGCUCUUCCAUCCUUUCCUCUUCCGCACCCGUCUCGCGUGCUCCCCUUUCCACUACCCAGGUCAGUAUGGGAUCUAACAAGAUGGGGCCUGUCGAACGCAUCGCGGAGGAUUUGCUGAAGCCUGAACUGGACGAUCGCUCCUAUCGUGUCAUCCGCUUGCCCAACAAGCUCGAAGCGUUACUGGUUCACGAUCCCGAUACCGACAAGGCCAGUGCCGCUGUAAACGUCAAUGUGGGCAAUUUCUCAGACGCAGAUGACAUGCCGGGUAUGGCUCACGCUGUCGAACAUUUGCUGUUCAUGGGGACCAAAAAGUACCCCCUAGAGAACGCAUACAAUCAGUACUUGGCAUCCAACUCGGGCAUGUCCAACGCGUACACGGCUGCCACGGAGACCAACUAUUUCUUCGAAGUAGCUGCCACGUCAAGCUCCGGCGACGAGAAAUCCGAUGCGCCAACUUCGCCCUCAGCUACGCAGGCUAAAGGGCCGCUGUAUGGCGCCCUGGAUCGGUUUGCUCAAUUCUUUGUCGAACCUCUCUUCCUAGAGUCAACGCUGGACCGGGAGUUGAGGGCAGUAGAUUCCGAGAACAAGAAAAACCUGCAAAGUGAUAUGUGGCGGUUGAUGCAACUGAACAAGAGCCUUUCCAACCCAGCACACCCCUACCACCACUUCUCGACUGGAAACCUGCAGACUUUGAAGGAAGAUCCGCAGAAACGGGGGCUGGAGGUCCGGAGUGAAUUUAUCAAGUUCUAUGAGGCUCAUUAUUCAGCUAACCGGAUGAAACUGGUUUUGCUGGGUCGGGAGUCCCUCGACGAGAUGGAGGGAUGGGUCUCGGAUCUGUUCUCUCACGUCCAGAACAAGGACCUCCCGCAGAACCGCUGGGAUAACGUCCAGCCCUGGACGGCGGAGCAUCUGGGAAAGCAGAUCUUUGCCAAGCCGGUUAUGGACAUGCGAUCUCUGGAUAUUUACUUCCCCUUCAUGGAUGAGGAGCAUUAUUUCGAGUCUCAGCCCAACCGUUACAUCAGCCACUUGAUCGGCCACGAGGGCCCCGGCAGCAUUCUGGCUUACAUCAAGGCCAAGGGCUGGGCCAAUGGCCUGUCCGCUGGCCCACUCCCCAUCUGCCCUGGAGCUGCCUUCUUCACCAUCAACGUUCGCCUGACCCCCGAGGGUUUGAAGAAUUAUCGUGAAGUGGCGAGAGUAAUCUUCGAGUAUAUCGCUAUGAUAAAGGAAGGCGAGCCUCAGCAGUGGAUUUAUGAUGAAAUGAAGAACUUGGCCGAGGUCGAGUUCCGCUUUAAGCAAAAGACCCCCGCCAGCCGCUUCGCUAGCAACCUGAGCAGUAAGAUGCAGAAGCCCCACCCUCGUGAGUGGUUGCUUAGCACCGGGCUUCUCCGGAAGUAUGAUCCCGCCCUGAUCAAGGAAGCCUUGUCCUACCUCCGGCCCGACAACUUCCGGAUGCUCAUUGUGGCCCAGGAUUACCCUGGUGACUGGGAUCAAAAGGAGAAGUGGUACGGCACGGAGCAUAAGGUGGAGGAUAUCCCCCAGGAUUUCAUGGCCGACAUCCGCAAGGCUUACGAAACAACCUCCGCCAACCGACUGCCUGAUCUGCACCUGCCUCAUAAGAACGAAUUUGUUCCGACUCGUCUCUCCGUUGAAAAGAAGGAAGUCUCGGAGCCAGCCAAGACCCCGAAGCUGAUUCGGCAUGACGACCAUGUCCGUUUGUGGUACAAGAAGGAUGAUCGGUUCUGGGUCCCAAAGGGCACCUUCAACAUCUCACUUCGGAACCCUCUCGUGUGGGCCACCCCAGCCAACGUGGUCAAGGGCAGAUUCUACUGCGAAUUGGUGCGCGACGCCCUGAACGAAUAUGCCUAUGACGCUGAGCUGGCCGGGCUCGAUUAUUCCUUGGGUAUUAGUAUCUUUGGUUUAGACAUCUCGGUGGGCGGUUACAACGAUAAGAUGUCCGUGCUUCUGGAAAAGGUUCUCACAAGCAUGCGCGACUUAGUCGUGAAGCCGGAACGCUUUAACAUUAUCAAGGAGCGCCUAACCCGGGCCUACAAGAACGCCGAGUACCAACAGCCUUACUACCAAGUGAGCGACUACACUCGCUAUCUGACCGCAGAGCGGUCCUGGCUCAAUGAGCAAUAUGCAUCCGAGCUUCAGCAUAUUGAAGUGGAGGACGUGGCUUGUUUCUACCCUCAGGUUUUGCGACAGAACCACAUCGAGGUGUUGGCGCACGGCAACCUGUACAAGGAGGAUGCACUGCGCAUGACUGACCUCGUAGAGUCCACUCUGAAAAGUCGUACGUUGCCCGAAUCACAGUGGUACGUGAGGCGCAACGUCAUUAUUCCUCCGGGCUCCAACUUCGUCUAUGAGCGGAUGCUCAAGGACCCGGCCAACGUCAACAACGGCAUCGAAUACCUUCUGUAUGUCGGAAACAUCAACGAUGCGGUACUGCGAGCCAAGCUGUUGCUAUUCGCCCAGAUGACUGAUGAGCCUGCAUUCGAUCAACUGCGGAGUAAGGAGCAACUGGGAUACGUUGUCUGGAGCGGCGCCCGUUAUUCUUCCACGACCAUCGGAUAUCGCGUUAUCAUCCAGAGCGAGCGUGUUGCUAGUUACCUUGAACACCGUAUCGAUAACUUCUUGACCACGUUUGGGAAGACGUUGGAGGAGAUGCCCGAGGGUGACUUUGAAAGGCAUAAACGCAGUCUCAUCAACCGCCGACUGGAGAAGCUCAAGAAUUUGGGCUCGGAAACCAGUCGAUUCUGGUCUCACAUUGGUUCGGAGUACUUCGAUUUCGUGCAAAACGAGGCCGAUGCUGCCAAUGUGCGGUCUUCGACCAAGUCCGAUCUUAUCCAGUUCUAUAACCAAUUCAUCAACCCGCAAUCUUCCACACGUGGCAAGCUGUCGAUUCACUUGAAGGCACAAGCUACCGCUCUUGCAAGCACCCCGCAGCAGCAAAAGUCCCAGCUUCUUGCGCGUCUUCGUACGCUCUUGGAGAAAGCACAGUUGACAGUCGAUGCCGAUCGAUUGGAAGCUGCAUUCGCUGAAGUCGACGUGUCCAGUGGAGACGAGCGUCUGGUUGUUGAAACCAUCAAGACUGUCCUGGGUGGAAUGGGUCUCGCAGAGCAACAGACCAAGCAGGCUCUAGAGUCGAUGAAGAACAGCGUUGGAGUAGAGCUGAAGCACAUCGGCAUUCAGCCCAAGAGAUUCGAGGGAGAGUCUGGCCAGACGGUCAAUGGAUUCGGCCACGAAGCUGUCACCUACAUUACUAACGUUCCUGAGUACAAGGCUCGUCUCAAUGUCAGCGCCGGUCCCAGCCCUGUUACCGACAUCAGCGAAUUCGAGGACUUUGACGCCAAGCUGUGAUAGCUCACCUGGUCAAAGCUUCAAGGAAUUCUACUUGCCAAUAUACUUCACUUGCCUUAUAUGAUGAUAGAAACUUUCUGCUGGCUCAUUUUGCGGCGUGAUCGUGUAUGGAGUACAGCAUAGCUUGGGAAUUGCAGGAUGGUGGGGUUGAUAGAUCGGAACGGAACAUCUUGAGAUGUAGAUUAGUAACAUGAUACAUAAUUGAACUAUUGCUAAGAUUAAAG